AAUUUCAGACUCAUGGGAUCAAAAUCUAUAUGCAUUAAGCCUUUCCUUUCCCGCCUUCCAAAUCACCGACCCAGAAAGUCGACCUCCAAGGUGACGCCGACGAUAUCCGCCGCCAGAAGAUCGGAUAGCGAUGACCCAAACAGCUACUGCGGCGGAAGACGAAGGCGACCCGUCGAUGAAAACAUGAUUGUUCUGCGGAAAAGAAUACACGAGAUGAAGAUGAUCGAGCGGAACUACGAGCCGCCGGCGGAUUGGAUGGAGUGGGAGAAACGUUAUUACACGAUCUACGAUUCAAUCAUAUGCGAUGUUUUGGGUGUAUUGCAGUCGAUGUUGAUGAAUACCAGGCCGAGCUUCGCCUUGGGAAUGGUUGCUUUGAUGGUGUUGAGUUUGCCGACGUCGGCUGCUUUCGUUGUUUUGCAUGCCGUUUACGUGACUAAAAGAAUCGUCGAAACUGGGAUUCAUUUAUGAUAUAAAUUCCAUAUCAGAAGUGAAAUAUAAUAGUUAGAUUGUUGAUAUAUAAAUGGUCCCGACUAUCACAACUUCUAUUUUUCUCUGUAACAGUUACUUUCUAUUGGCCGGCUAUCACAACUUUCUAACUUUCAGCCA